AUUGCAAAAGCCAACGAACGAGCCCACUAUCUGUUGCCCACAUUGACCAAUGACAGUGUCCCGUUCAGUUGUUGUCAAUGGCGCUACGCACAUGUAACUUUGGCUUCUACCCCAUGUGAUCAUAUGUUGGUGGAAAAUCCAGAAACCCUGUUCGCACGCGGAUGUGUUCCUCAGCUGGCUGAGUUUAUUCUUCACUACUGGAUGGGCAAUCACAUGCUACCCUUGUUGUUAGUCAUUCUGACUAUGUGCCGUGACGCGGCGAAUGUGCCCACCACUGAAUACGGUUAUUGUCCCUUUCUCGCGGUUCUAUCUACUCAACGAGAUUUUCCAGAAAAGGCGAUUGGACCAACCGAUCGGUCAACGGCUCAUUUUACACAAUUUUGUUGCAUUGUAGCUCGCGACGAUUUGCGUAAAGGCUAG